UUCACCUUCCUCGCCUUGCUACCUCACCACGACUCUGAAUUCAGAUAUCUUUCAGGUUUUUCUUCAUCCGUAAGUCUCUCUCACCCACUUUUUUAUUCACCAAAUCGGAAAACUUAAAAAAAAAAAAAUAAUAAUAAUAAUUGAGUCUUGUCGACUAGAUUUCCAGUCACAGUUGAAGGGUUCUUUGGCUUAGAUCGAUCGCGCGUCUGUUCUUUGACUUUUGAGCCAUUUGGAUUUGAAUCUUUGUUUGGUUUUUUUGUCAUCCAAGCUGGAGUCAUGAAGUGGACAGAUGAUUAGAGUGUGCUGCAGAAAUUCAACGAUGAGUAGUUGAAGAACAUAAAUGGAUUUCUUAAAUAGUUAUUCACUGUGGAUCUGAAGAUUGUUUUUUGAAGCUCUUUUGUAAAAUUCGCUCAUGUUUUCGUCAGAUUAUUCAUAAUAUAUAGGAAUUGAGUGGACGGAAAUGGCGGAGUACGAGCAAGGGUCAGGUUCUCGCAACGUUCAUCAGCUUCUCAGCCCGGAGCUCCAUUUGAAGAGACCAUCCUCACUUGUCCAACACCAGACUAAUAAAGGGGCUGAGCCUUCUGAUUCCAAAAACUCGCCUGAAAAGGGCCAAAAAACUGAUAGAGACACGGCUGCCACCACCAGUUCUGGUGGCACGCCCAACCCCGACCGCCGCCCUCGGGGCCGACCUGCUGGUUCCAAGAACAAGCCAAAGCCUCCAACAAUUGUCACUAGGGACACCCCAAAUGCCCUUCGAGCUCAUAUUCUUGAAGUCUCAGCUGGUAGUGAUAUAGUGGAGAAUGUAUCUGUAUAUGCAAGGCGGAGGGGAAGAGGGGUUUGUGUUCUCAGUGGUAGCGGCACCGUUUCAAAUGUCACGCUGCGUCAGCCGGCGGCACCUACGGGGAAUGUGGUGACACUGCAUGGCCGAUUCGAGUUACUUUCCCUCUCCGGGACGGUGCUUCCGCCUCCUGCACCACCGGAUGCUGGUGGUCUGUCGAUAUUCUUGUCGGGAGGGCAGGGGCAGGUAGUUGGUGGGAGUGUGGUGGGGCCUUUGAUUGCUUCAGGUCCAGUGGUUCUGAUGGCUGCUUCGUUUGCGAAUGCAGUUUUUGAACGGUUGCCUUUGGAGGAAGAGGGCAUUGCUCAGACUCCGCCGGCUGCAUCGCAAUCAUCAAGUGUCACAGCAGGUGGUGGUGGCGGGCAUGUGAGCGAGGGCGGCGGUAAUGGAGGCGGCGGUAGUGGUCCUUUCUUGAAUUCAGGUGGAAAUGAGCCCCCAAAUUAUCCCUUUUCUGCUGAUUUGUUCGGGGGAUGGGGCGGAAGUUCUGCAAGGCCACCAUUUUAACAGUGUUACAAUUUCUUGCCUUGGAAUAUUUUUGACUGUAUUACUAGUCUUAGUUCAUGUAAUCUCUCGCCUUUGGCUGAUGGCAAAUCGGAAAUGGGAUGAACGGAGUUAGAUAAAUACGGCAUUGGUAACAUAGCUAGAGCGAACAAAUUGGUAUUUUCUUGAAUCUGAAGGAAGAAAAACGAGAUUUUUUUUUUUUUUUUAAUCAAGUAAAGCAUAUCAGAUGAAUUUAGAGUUUAUUUUUAAGGUUAGUAGGUUCAACUUCAUGCAUACAUUGUAUUGCUUGGAAAAACCUGUUUUCUUUGUUUAUCCUUCAAUCUGAUUUGGUUCACUUGUAAUCUUCAAAAUGCUAAAUAUGAAUAUUUAGUAGGAUUUUCUUGAA